GGUCUGCAACAUGAGCGCCUUCCUGAAACAGGCUCGAGUGUGCUGGAAGGAGGCCGCCGUCUACUCGGACAAGCCCGAAGGAAUUUGCGCGCACAAAGUGGACGCGAUGUUCCGUCGCUGCCUGGUACGCGUCACCAAGCUGAGCAGCUGCGAAGAUGACGAGCGCGCUAAGCAGCGGAUCCGCGGAGAAGUGGACUCGCAGCGCGCCCACUGCGUGGGGGCCUCCGCGCAUAGCGCGGCAGCUGUGUCUCUCAGCCUCCCGAGAGCUGCGAGCUUCCUGUUCGCCGGGGCAACGCUGCUCGCGCUCGGCGGAUUCCCAGCGAGUUGAUCAAGCAGACAGUUCGCGCCCCGCCGUGAAAUUAUCGUACAUAGUACUCGGCGUGGGUCUAGACACAUUGAUAACGGGCGAGGAGGCGCCGGCAUAGAGAAAAUCGCAGUGAGCUGUAUUUCGAAUGCAUCGCGCUCUCGUGUCAAAUAACAUCGCUAUUCCAACAUACGCUAUUAUCACCUUGAACAAAACACGCGAACCUCCUCGCAUGCGGCGGCAAGCUAGUGAAUUAAGCGGGCUGAGCGCUAUGGAGCCCGCUGGUAUCGCCAGUUUCUACAGUUCCCGGCCAAAGGCGGCUGCGACCACAAGCGGUGGAAAUUAUGAUCUAUAAUUUAAACGCAUAUAGGUAUCUGGAUGUACACUGAGCUUCGA